GAGGUCAGCAAGGAUACUUCCGACUACUCGAUGCUUAACUACGCCUCUCUUCCUACCGAACUCGGCUUGCCGCCUCUGGGUCUCAUUGAACCUAGCCUGUAUGAUCCAUUUUUUAAUGAGCAUUCGCACCAUCAUCGCCAUCACCACCGGCAUCAUCAUCACCACCACUAUCAACUAUCACAUCACCAUGCUUUCGGCAACCCUUCCGGUAGCGGCAUUAUCCCCAUCACAGCCGGCGAUUUCAACAAUACGAGCAGUUCUGCUUCGAGCAACAAAUUAGUAUUGGAACCUCGUAUCCCCGGUCCUAACCUGAUACUUCCUAUGCUAAUCCAAACUAGAGAGGCCGAAUCGAUCUCACAAUCUGAGUCCAGUGACGACCGAAGGCCUAGAAACAGGUCCAUUUGUUGCCGACCCCCGCUAUUAACCCCAACGUUUUGUGCUUCGGACCAACCGGCACUUGGAAUAAUGACUAGUAUUUCUUCGCCACCUACAUCCUCUCUGUCUUUCGGUACUUCUACCAUGCAGAUGCAUGCAACGAAUCAGUCGCCUUCUACUUCUACCUUACCCAGCACCCCUGCGACUCAUGCAUCUCAACCGCUGGAUGUCCGAUUUUCCACUGUCCAUACCCGCUACUCGGAGUUGUGUCAUGAUCUACACGCCUUUUAUCCGCUGCGCUAUACACUUCACCCUCACCAUCAUCACCACAAUUCACCCAAGCAGAAACAGUCUCAGAAAGCCGCACCAUUUCAUUUUUCAUCACCGGAGGCGGUGGCAGCAGUAGCUGCUGGUCAGAGUAUGGCUAUUACGCCGUUCAUUCCUGAUAGCGUAAUACAGUCGGUACAUCGUCUUCUCUGGUAUAACCAAGAAAAAAUCGGCGACUACCUGUCUAGUAGCCGCGAUAGAAAGGCUGUAGGUAGGCGCCCGUUCGACAAAAUGGUCACUCUUCUUGCACAUCUAGGACCACCUGAGCACCGAUUCUUUGAAUCACAGUGA